UACACCAUGUUUACUAUCAUUUCAAAGGUUCUUCCAGUGUCUUUCACUGCAAUACCUUAUGAGACUAGACGCCAGACUCUGUUGAGAUCUAGUGCAAAAAUGAGAAGAUACUUGUCUUUGGCCUUCGUAGUUUGUGCCAUGCUACCGUCGUCAUAUGGAUUUUGCACUGCUAAGGUGCAAGAUCAAGGUAAAACACACUGCUUCGAUGAGGUAGAUAACAAAUGGCACCCAGUUGGAUCAACGUGGAUAAACAGUGAGUCCAUGGAUUGUUCUUGCAGCAGAUGUUGUACAGUGUAUGCCAUUCCCAGAAAUUUUCCUGACGACUGUGUGUCUGUGUUUGACAAUGUGGCAUGUGUAUACAAAGUGCACAAGAGGGAUGAUCCUUCUGUUGAGUGUCCAUUUCUUGGUGCAGUAGGAAAGUGAUGCAACAGGGACAUCUCUUAUUGGCCUCUUUUUUUAAAUCUAAGGAGGAACUCGACCAAACAUAUGAAAGAGGGAAAUGUGACACACUGAUGAAUUGUCAAAUGAAUGAAACAUGAAGUCUUAUGUCUCUGCAUUCAUUUUCCCCCCUGAUGUAAUAUAAAUCAGAAAGAUAAUAAUCUUCAACUCAUAGCUUCAUUCAAAUAAAAUCUUUUAUAAAUUUCAAAGUGCUGUUACAUAUAGUUUUACC